UUGGAAUUCGUUGUAAAAUAGUGUAAACCAAACAUGGAUCAGGGAAAUUUAAGCGAUAUUCAAGAUUUCUACAAGGAAAAAUGUGUGCUACUCACCGGCGCCACUGGUUUCUUGGGAAAACUCAUCCUGGAAAAACUUUUGCGGUCCACCGAGGUCCAGAAGAUUUACCUUUUGGUCAGAAGGAAUAGAAAGGAUGACCCUGAAAAAAGAGUGGAGAAGCUGUUAGAAUGUCCGAUUUUUGAUGGAAUCAAAAGAAUCUCUUCUGAGUGCUUGAGCAAAAUAAUAGUUGUUCAUGGUGACAUGUCUUUGAUAGACCUUGGUUUGGAGGAAAAGAUACUGAAAAAUAUUGUCAAAGAAGUGAACUGCGUGUUUCAUACAGCAGUUGCUGCGAAAGUGAACCAAACCAUUGUCGAUGCUUCUUUAACUAACAUUAGAGGCACAGGGGAACUGCUGAAUAUUGCUAGAUCCAUGAAAAAAUUAAAGUCAUUUGUAUUGGUGUCCACUGCAUAUUCAAAUUGCGUCAAGGAAGAAAUCGAUGAAAAAAUCUACGAUUUGGAUGUAGAUGUAGAGGAAUUUAUAACAUCUAUAGAAUCAGACGGUGUUAAGGGUUUGGAGAAAUAUAAAAGCCUUACAGAAAAAUGGCCGAGCAGUUUUACUUUCACAAUGGCUUUAGCAGAAAAUUUAAUCAAAAAUGAAUCUGGAAAAUUACCAGUUGCUAUAGUAAGAUGUUCAUCUAUUAUUGCAACAAAUCUGGGUCCAAUUAGGGGUUACAUUGACAGCUGCCAUGGGCCUACAGGGGUGGUUAUAGGAGUCGGUUUGGGAAUUCUUAGAGUUUUUUACGGAGACGAUGAUAAAGUAGGCGACAUUGUCACAGCUGACUACGUCAUCAAUAAUGCUAUAGCAGCUGGAUGGGCUGUUAACGAAUAUAAAGAUUACGAUAAAUUCGAAAAACUCUACCUGAAAGACAAGGUCCCAGUUUUUAAUUGCGUUUCGUCACCAAAUAAUCCCAUAACAUGGAAAACAUUCGGCGAAAUUAUGGAUAAAUAUGGUAAAGAAUCUCCCUCUAGUAAAUUGAUGUGGUACCCAUACAAAAUAGUGACGAGCUGUCUUUACAAUUAUUUAUUGUUAAAAUUUUUACUGCAUACAAUUCCGGCCUUUAUAUUGGAUAUAGUGCUGCUAUGUGUGGGAAAACGCGGAAGGAUAUCAGGAUUUUACGACCAAAUGGAAGGAUACACAGGAAACAUUCAAUACUUCAUGAACAAUUCCUGGGUCUUUAACGAUUCAAACAAUAAAGAACUGAUAAAAGGCAUGACGAGAAAGGAUAGAGAAUUAUUUAAUUUCGACCAUUCGGAUAUAGAUUGGGAAAGUUACUUGGAAUAUUACAUGAAAGGAAUAAGAGUGUACAUUUUAAAGGACGAAAUGAACACUGUGAAGCAAGGCCAAAAGAAACUUCAAACAUUUAAAUACCUACACUACUCUUUAAUUACUUUAGGAUGUGUUAUUUUAUAUUUAUUCGCGAGGUUUUUCCUUAAAAUGUUUUUAGGCAUAUUUUUUAAUGUUUAAGUUAAUAUAUGGUUGAAUGAAUAAUAUUUAUAAAUAUAAGCAAACCAAAA